AUGGUGCAAAAAUAUCAAUCACCCGUGCGUGUUUAUCGUUAUCCAUUUGAACUCGUCAUGGCAGCGUAUGAAAAACGUUUUCCAACGUGUCCGAUGAUACCUGUUUUCCUUGGUUCUGAUAUAACUUCUGAAUAUCACAGUGAAGAUGGAGCAGUGGAUAUCGUGGAGCGACGUUGUCGACUGAAUAUCGAUGCACCGUAUCUACUCAAACGGAUUGUCAAUGUUGAACAUGUAAUAUUUUUGCAAAAAAAUCACCUCGAUCGCCGGCAACGCACCUUACGCAUCGAUGCAUGCAAUGAGAGUUUCUCAUCGCGUUUGGAUAUUAAAGAAUUUUGUCAAUAUUAUGUUCAUCCUGAUAAUGAUUUAUGGACAUGUUUCGAGCAGAGUGCUUUUCUUGACAUCAAGUCGUUCUUUGGUUUCGAAUCGACUGUGGAAAAAAUAGCGAUGAAACAAUAUUCAGCUAAUCUUUCGAAAGGAAAAGAAAUUAUCGAAUAUUAUAUCAAUGAAUUAGCGAAUGAAGGAAUAACAAGUGUACCAAUUUGGGUCGAACCAGCUUCAGCAUUGUUGAAAAGUCCCGAUUCAGAAUCAGCAACAACAUCAGCAGCAGCAGGAGCAACUGGAGCAACAAUAUCCGUCAGUGAUGAUCCGUCAUUGAUUGCUGCACGUCGAAGAUUGUCGUCGCAAGACACAUCAAAUAUUUUUACCCCGUCAUCGCCGCCCAAAGCGUCAGGAGUGACUCCAACUGCAGCAGCGAAUUCUUCGGCUUUAUCAGAUGACCUUGAAACACUUGAAGCUGCUGAAAGUUCUCAAGAAAAACGACGAAACAUCGACGAUGAAUAUAUACGGCGUUAUAUUGGACAAUUAGAUCCAUUUGAAGAGAGUUGUCUUGUACAACUUCGUAAAUGGGUCGCCGAAACGCAUAAAGGAAAAUUGCCUAAUAAUUCACAUUUACUUCGUUUUCUUCGUGCUCGACGUUUCGAUAUCGAAAAAGCAAGAGAAAGUAUUUGCCAUUCCUUAGCGUGGCGUAAGAAAAAUUGUAUCGAUCGUUUAUUGAUCGAUUAUGACACGCCAGAAAUGAUUCAACGCUUUUUUCCCGGUGCUUGGGGCGGAAAUGAUCGUGAUGGUCGACCGAUAUACAUUGUUCGAAUCGGAGAGAUUGAUGUUCGCGGAUUGAUGAAGGCUGUACAUGGUGAUGAUACAUGGAUAAGACAUGUUGUGUUUCUGGUCGAGCAAGGUUUGAGAAAAUGUGAAGAAAAUACGAAAGUAUUCGGUAAACCGAUAAAUACGGUUUGUGUAAUUCUUGAUUUUGAAAACUUCAGUGUUAAGCAUCUCUAUCGACCGGUCUUUCGAGUUAUUUCACAAAUAAGCGAUACAGUCGAAGCCAAUUAUCCGGAAACGCUUGGAAGAAUGUUUCUAACCCGUUGUCCACGUCUUAUCCCAGUCCUAUGGACAAUCAUCAAUACAUUCGUCGAAGAGCGUACGCGUGAAAAAUUUGCUAUAUUAAAAACUGAUGAGUUAAUCGAAUACAUCGAUGAAAUUAACAUUCCGGACUUCCUCGGCGGUCAAAUGCCUUUUCAAGCUUCAUCAGGUGGUAUAGUUCCACGUUCUUGUUACACUCGUGAAGAUGAACCUGAUAAAUUCGAUGCAGAAAGUUCAUUAUUUGGCGACAAUUCAUAUACAGUUGUUUCGAUAAAAGAAGGCGGUGCACAUGAGGUCGCUAUUCCAACGAUGCAGAGAGGUGAUCGGCUUUGGUACGAUUUUGAUUUGUUAAAAUCUGAAUGUACUUUUACGAUUUAUCGAAUUGGAAAACUGAAAUCAUCGGAACAAGAAGAAAACGAUGAUCAUAUACACUCACCGUCUCCCGCUCAAAAAUCGAGUUCAACGAUACCGGCAAGUACAAUCUACGAUAAACCACUAGUUGAAUCGACGACUGAUGAUAUUGUCCGUUUGACUCAACCAAUCGUUUAUCAUGAUGGUGAUUCGGUGCAACAGACUUAUAUUUGUCAACAAUCAGGAAACUACGUUUUGCAAUGGCGUCAUUCGACAAGUCAUCAUACGAGCAAUCCAUUUGAUUUUAUUAGCGGUAGUCACAAAACGAAAAUUAUGUAUCAUUAUGAACGACAAUCAUCUACUUCAUUGACAAGCGAUGUAACUUCAAACGGUUAUGUUAAUAAUGAACAGCGUACAUCAUUGACUUCAUCAUAG